AUGCGUUAUUUGUCAAGUGUUCUAAUACAGAUAUUUAGGCUAGCACAUGCCAGCUAUUUCAGUGCAGUUGAGGAUCCAGUCGCCCUUGAGCAGCAGUCUCGUCUAAUUGCUGAGGCAGGAGGCGUGGGACACACGAGCAGGCUCUCUUCUCUGCCUGGGAUAGUAGACCCCACUGAUGUCUUCUCUAAUGAUGCCGUUUAUAACUUUGACUUCACCAGCAGAAACCGAGCUAAUAAUGAGUUUACUAUAGGAAGGAACAGCAAUCAUCUUCUAGACUCAUUCGAAACAUGCGACCCUCUACCCGGAUACGCAAGUGUACCUGUAGUAAAUGUGGACACUAGUGCGCUGUACCAGCAGCCCUUUGCAAAUGGAGAGUAUCCGUGCUUUAACGAGGGCAUUCUUAUGGCCCAGGAGGAGAGCAAUACUACUAAGCUGAAUAAUGCGGUAAAUGAAGCUCUGAUGGACUCUGAUCCUGAUGCUCUGGGAGAAGUGCUGAGUGAGGCAGUGAGAGUGAGGGAGACAGUCGAAAAGAGCAGGCUGGUUAGUAAGGGCGUGCGUAAGCCUGGUAUGUUCUGUCUUACUUUUGACGAAGGCCCUGCAGCCAAUACGCCCAGACUGCUGAGGAUACUCAAGAAAUACAACAGAAAGUGCGGGUUCUAUCUAGACCCGUUCAAGAUAACCCGAGAAGCAGUGCCCACUCUUACGCAGAUACUGAAAGAUGGCCAUCUGAUAGGCCUCUCCAUACGCAGCGACUCAACACUUACAGAAAUGACGGCUGAAAUGUCUCAUAGUAUUAUUGAUAAGUACGUUGAUCGCUAUGAAAGCCUAAUAGGAUGGAUGCCGCACACGGCGAGACUGCCUAGAGAAGGAUACUAUUCAGAUGACAUCCGACACUGCAUGAGCAGGGGUGUGGUAGUAUGUGAGCCAACAUACGAUACGAUGGACUAUGCGAGUCCAAACAUACUGGAGCCACUGGAAGAAGCACUGAAGACGCAGUACGAUGCGUCCACUGACAGUGUAGUAAUAGUGCUGAGGGACAAGUACGGGCACAGUGUAGACAAUGUGAAGUCUAUUAUCUCACUGAUGGAGCUGUACGGAUAUCGGUAUAGUGACUACGAUGCAGCGACUGGCUUCAGAUCCAUCAAUAAGGAAGGAAGCAGAAGAAGCAAGAGGAGAUGGAGUGGAAGAAACAGAACCCCUGGGAACAAUGAGCUGCUCUGCAUGCUGGAAUCUGAGCACGAAUUCUCGAAGGAAGCAUCGGAAGACUCUUCGGCCUCUGCAGAGACUCUUGCUGCUUCUAUUGCCGCAAAUGUCUCAGAUGCGCUUGAAAAGAAGGAGAAGGAGAGCAAGUCUGUGCAGGUGAAUGUGAAGCAGGCAGCUGACGUGAAGGAGAAGCGGAUUACUGACGUGAAGAAGGGAACAGAGAAGGUGGAGGGAGAUGUACUACAGAUACCUAUUGCCUCCAUUAGCAAAGCAGCAGAGCCUAAUGAGGCAGUUACAAAGACUAGCGCAGGCAGCUUAAUGGUGAGGGUGAUGGGAGUAGGAGGAGUGCUCCUCAUAGUGGCUUUCUUUAUAUAA